ACUUCAGAAUUAGUGGUGAAUUGCCGCCUCGUUCCCAAAGGCUGCAGUCUUGCCCUGCUACGCUCCAAUGGACUCGUCACCGCUUUCCGCUCCUCCGCCGUCGACAUCGCCCCGACGGAGGACGAGGAGGAGACCAGUCGUCGUCGAAGAGAUCGUCGAAGCGCGCCCGGAUGAGGCCCCGCCUAGGAAAGCGAGGAGUAGAGCCGUUGCGGCGGCCUCGAGGAAUACUCGGAGGACUCGUCGAAAACCGGAGGAGGCGCAGGAGGAGAUCGGUCCUCCCGACGAUGAUCUUGAUAGGAUAAGGAAGAGGAAGCGGGUCAAUCAUAGGGGCGCUUCCGCCGAGAAGCAGACAUCGGCGUCUCUCGUGCUCUCGUCCAACCCUCCGCCGCCUUCAGAAAUCUCCGUGAACGAUCGACGUGCUUCAUUGGAGCAGAUCAUCGAUUUGAUUAUGUGGAAAAAUGUAGCAAAAUCAACCUUGUUGUUUGGGUUUGGUUCGACGUUCUUCUUAUCCUCUUGUUUUUCAAGGGAAUCGAACUUCAGCAUCAUUUCGGCCAUGUCUCACAUGGGUCUGUUGGUUUUGGGCACAGCCUUCGUCAAGAAUACGGUCACUCGAAGGAAGCAACACAACUUGAGAUGGAAAUUGCAAUUGACAGAAGACGACAUCCUUCAUGCCGCACGGAUUGUUUUGCCUGUUGUCAAUGAAGCUCUAACGAAUAUCCAGGAUGUAUUCUCUGGCGAUGCAUCGAUAACUCUUAAGGUGGCACCAAUUCUCUUGUUUGGGGCCAACUACGGCCACCUAAUAACCUUGUGGAGGCUCCUGGUAACUGGCUUUUUUGUGAGCUUCACUGUACCCAAACUCUACCUUUCCUACUCACAGCAGAUACAUAGAACGGCUGAGAAUGCAAUGCACUGGGUUCAAGAAUCAUGGAUAUCUUGCCGUUUCAAGAGAUUAGUUGCCGCAUCAGCAGCCACAAUUUUCUGGAACGUGUUUAGCUUAAGGACACGCAUCUUUACCGCAUUUAUCUUUUUAGUGAUGCUUUGCUAUCGCCAUGAACGACGUGUAGUGGAAGACAAAAGUGGUAAAGAGAGCAAGGAAGAAGAGAAGCAGAAAGGAACAGUGGUAUCUGAAAAAAGCCGUAUAUGAUGCAGCUCGAUUGAGUAGAUCCUGCAAGACAAAGUAUAGAUUAAGAGGCUGGCCAUAAAUCAUACUUUGAUUCUCCUAGCAACUGAUUUGGUCGUCAAUAUAUGAGGACUGGUUUCGAGCUAGGUGUGUGAAUACACUCGAACCUGGUGAUGAAGGUGCUGCGGCUUUUGUAC